CGUGUUGCGCGUUCGAGUCCGCCUCUCCGCGCCCCUGCUUCCCAUUGACGCACUUUUUAAGCGUCUUCCCCUUCUCCACCUUAAGGCGAGCAGCAGCAGCGACCAAUCACCAUGCCAUUACAGCCUUCAGAGGAAGCUGUUUAUGGGACUGCAGCGCUAAUUAGGCUCAUGAACUAACAAAUCUGCCUGCACGAACCCGGCGAGGAAAACGAUCACAUCCAUGGAUUAGUCUGGGAGUAGCCGAGCACUUUUUAUUUGGGCUUUCUCGACACUGCCGCCUUGUCCCAACUUAUUUACUGCGCAGAAACUUUCCCCCUCUUUUCUUGGUUGUGGAGUAUUUUUUAAGCGAGAGCACCAACGACAACUUGAACUUAAACUGGGGAACCUGGACUAUCAGACCAUGUUUCAACCUACACCCAAGAGGUGUUUUACUAUAGAGUCUUUGGUGGCGAAGGAUAAUCCUGUACCGGUGUCCCGCACAGAGGAGCCCAUCAGGCCAGCGGCUCUCAGCUAUGCAAACUCCGGCCAGAUCAACCCCUUCCUCAACGGCUUUCACUCUGGCGGCAGGGGCGUCUACUCGAACCCGGACUUGGUGUUCGCAGAGGCGGUCUCUCAUCAGCAAAACUCCGCUGUCCCGGUGCAUUCGGUGGCCCCGCCGCACGCUCUGGCUCACCCGCUUUCAUCCUCACACAGUCCGCACCCUCUUUUUGCCAGCCAGCAAAGGGACCCGUCUACUUUCUACCCCUGGUUAUUACACAGAUAUAGGUACUUGGGUCACAGAUUUCAAGGUAACGAAACGAGUCCAGAGAGCUUCCUUUUGCACAACGCGCUGGCCAGAAAGCCCAAAAGAAUCCGGACAGCGUUUUCACCCUCGCAACUCCUGCGGCUCGAGCACGCGUUCGAGAAAAACCAUUACGUGGUGGGAGCAGAAAGAAAGCAGCUCGCCCACAGCCUUAGCCUCACAGAAACUCAGGUAAAAGUGUGGUUUCAGAACCGGAGGACGAAGUUCAAGCGGCAGAAGUUGGAGGAGGAGGGCUCGGAGUCUCAGCAGAAGAAGAAAGGAUCGCAUCAUAUAAACCGGUGGAGAAUGGCGACGAAACAGGGGAGCCCGGAGGAGAUCGAUGUCACUUCGGACGAUUAGAAAUCCAACAGACUUGUUCCUAGCGCCAGAGUGAAGGAGACCAUGGAUACAGGAGGCCUGGAGAGACAGUGAGGGGUAAAAAGCCAAUGUCACAUUUCUGAUCUCCGGAGAUCGGCAGCUGAGGGUGAGAGAAACCCGACUGGUGGCACGGCUGUCACCGCGUGGGUCUGUCAGUCCACUCACCUGAACCCUUCCACGCACCAACCACCACCACUACAAUCUCCCAUCUACCACCUCGUUUUUUUCUCCAAUUCAUAUUGGACGUUUGCACUUCAGAAGGUUUUUUUUUUUUUUUAAACAAACGAAAACGUUUCCACGUCAAGAUACCAAAACACCAAACUGCUUUUGUAAAACUUGAAUUGCAUGGUAUAGUUUUUUUCCCCUGCUAGUUGUUUUAAUUUGACAAGUUUUACUCCAAAAAAAAUAUCCAUUUCGUUUUUAACUCUAUUUUCAAACAGAGAUGUCGUGCUUCUUCCUUUUUACAAAGUGUGCAGUCUUUAAUUAAUGAUUCUCGUGUAAAAGUGAUUGUGAAAACAUAUGAAGUAGCGGUGCUGCGUUAUAGUGUAUUUUUUCUUUCAAUUUUUUUUUAAGAAAAUAGAACAAAAAAAAUGAUUUCGAUUUACAAAAAAACCCCUUUCUAAUCAGUAAAUCCGAGCGUAAAGGGAAGGUAUCAGGACAUCCCUUUAACCUAAAGCUUUUACCAAUGUGUCGCUGUGGCCCCACGCAGCCUGCUAUCAGGACCCCCCCCCCCCCCCCCAGAGAAAGUUGCCACCAAGGAUUAAAUGCAAGCAUUGAGAGUAAAAAAAAAAGAAGAA